CAAAACAUGUUUUGGUAAAGUAUUUUUCUCUUCCCUAGCCUGUUGUCCAGAUCAAGUUACAGUGAAGAGGAAGGUUCUUUCAUUCUGUCCUAGCUCCACAAUGAGCACCUCUCUGCCUCAUUUGGUCAUUUUCUUCAUUACUUAUCACAUUCACAAGCUGGAAUCAGCUGAGUUCAGAGUGAUGGGUCCUGGUCACCCUGUCACUGCCAUUGUGGGUGAGAACAUUGUAUUACCCUGUCACCUGACCCCCAGGAUGAGCGCUGAGAACAUGGAGGUGAGAUGGUUCCGAUCUGAGUUCUUUUCAGUUGUGCACCUGUAUCAUGGAGGAAAGGAUCAGAAUGGAGAGCAGAUGCCAGACUAUCAUGGAAGGACAGAGCUUUUGAAAGAUGGCAUCCAAGAUGGGAAUGUUUCCUUGCAGAUUCUUAAUAUCAGACGCUCAGAUGAAGGACAAUACCACUGUUUUCUUCAAGAUGGUCCUUCUUAUGAAGAAGCCCUAUUGGAACUGAAGAUAGCAGGUUUGGGCUCCAAUCCUCUCAUCUCUGUGGAGAGUCACCAGGAUGGAGGGAUCCGGAUGGUUUGUCAAUCGGCUGGUUGGUAUCCAGAGCCCAAGGUUCUAUGGCGAGAUCUCAGUGGGAAAGAAUUACCAUCACUCUCUGAAGCAAAAUCCCUCAGGGAUAGUGGCCUGUUUGAAACAGAAAAUUCUAUUAUUAUAAAAGAACGUUCAAACCAGAACCUGUCCUGUUUGAUCAGGAACACCGUUCUCAAUCAAGAAAAGGAAUCAACAGUUUAUAUAGCAGAUUCCUUUUUCCCGAGGGUGAAUCCAUGGAUGGUGGCUCUGAGUGUGAUUCUCCUGGUUUUGUUUGGUUUCAUUGGCCUCACUGUUUAUCUAUUUAAAAUAAAAGGGAAACAUCUUGGAGAAAUCAGGAAACGUGAUACAAAAAUCAAUGAUCUUCAAAGUGAACUUGGGAACCGUGAUACACAAAUCAAUGAUCUUCAAAGUGAACUUGGGAACCGUGAUACACAAAUCAAUGAUCUUCAAAGUGAACUUGGGAACCGUGAUACACAAAUCAAUGAUCUUCAAAGUGAACUUGACUGGAGAAGAAACAUCGUCUGCCCAGCGAAUGUGACUCUGGAUCCAGACACGGCUCAUCCCCAACUCGUCCUGUCUGAGGAUGGGAAAAGUGUGAGCCGGGGAGACACGCGGCAGCGACUGCCCGACAACCCUGAGAGAUUUGACACUGAGCUCUGGGUGCUGGGCUGUGAGGGAUUCACCGCGGGGAGACAUUGCUGGGAGGUGGAGGUGGGGGGUGGGGGAUACUGGGCUGUGGGGGUGGCCAGAGAGUCUGUGGGGAGGAAGGGAGGGAUCAGCCGUAGCCCUGAGGGGGGGAUCUGGGCAGUGGAGUGGUGGUGGGGUCAGUUCCGGGCUCUCACCUCCCCUGUGACCCCCCUGCCCCUGAGCCGGGCCCCCAGCAGGAUCUGGGUUUGUCUGGACUGUGGCCGGGGGCAGGUGACAUUUAUCGAUGCUGGUGCCGAGGCCCCGAUCUUCACUUUCCCGCCGGGCUCCGUCCCUGGGGAGAGAAUCCGCCCCUGGCUCUGGGUGGGGCGGGGAUCCCGGCUCCGACUGCGUCCCUGAGACCCACAGCAGAGGGGGGAACCGGAAAUCAGCCUCUCUAGCCUCACGGCUCCUAGUCUCUAUGACCUUGGAGGACUCCCAUCUACCCAGCCCCUGGCCCCUCAUCUCUAUGGCCCCUGGAAGCUCCUCCCCCUCCCUCCCUGCAGCCCCAGGAGGCAGAGGGGGAGGGGAGGAACCCCUGGGGCUGCAGGAGGGGCAGAGGGGCCCUGAGGGGCAGAGGCGGGGGCUGGGCAGGGGGCAGAACUAACAGCCGGGCUGGGGACAGGCAGAGGUGGGGUGGGCAGGGACCCAGCAUGAAUCAAUCAGGGUUUUGGGAGAAGCUGGAAGCUCUGCAGCAGCUGGGCGCAUUUUGUGCAGAUCUGUGGGAUUAGAUCUCGCUGGGGCAGCAAGAGGGGAAGGCAGAAAAUCAGGGGAAAGAAGGGAGCAGCCAAGGGGGAUGAUCUGUGGGAGGGAGGAGAGUGGGAAAGACACAGGAAAAUAAACAGGGAUCACAAGUGAGGGCUAGAAAAAUGCUGAGUAGAAAAGGAGAGUAUGAAAGAAAAGGGAGAAGGAAAGGGAACCUGAGAGGGACAGAGGGAUUUAUGAUGUGUUACUGAAAGUGAGACUGUAACUCAUUAAUUCCCUAUAUUAAUUCCUGGGCAUUGGUGCUAUUUUAGUGCCAUUAAGCAAACUGCUCUGAGUAGCUGUGGAUCUUCUUACAAUAUGCUGUGGUCAUUAAACUCUGUCUUAGCUCCUUUUACUUUCCUGCUUUCCACCUACUUAUUGUAAAAUAAAAACACUACAAACCA